AUGGAAAAAAACAGAGGGUGUUCCAGUCUUGUGGAAGGCAAGAUUUUGUUGGUCCUGCCGAUUCUGUUUCUGGUGCUAGUUCUGUUGCCUUCGAUGUUUAGAGUGUCGCUGGGGUUUUCUCAUAUCUAUGUGAAAACUGUAAUAAAAAUGUUUGAGUGGGCCACCCUGCAGAUUGAGAAGGGAGUAAAAAAGCAGAAGGCGCUGGCACUUGAAAAUUUAAUCUCCAAUGGGAUCAUCGAGAGGGAGGACACCUCUAUGGAAGAGGAGAUGGCUGGCCAGCGGCAAGGAUGCUUCAACCUUGCUGAUGUUUUGUACUUCUCCAAGAAGGGCUUGGAGGCUGUUGCAGAUGACGAAGUCACGCGGCGGUUCUCCUCCGAGGAGCUGGUCUCCUGGAACCUCCUUAGCAGAACUAAUGUCAACUUCCACCAGGUCAGCUGGCAACUGGCCUUUAUGUGGAUCACUGGGAUCCUAUUCCGCUACUGUCUCCUGUUGCCUCUUCGCAUCGGCUUGGCUUCUUUCAGUAUCCUCUUCCUGGUUUCAGCAACCACAGUCGUAGGACAGUUUCCAAAUGGCAGGGUUAAAUGCUGGCUGAGCAACCAGGUCCAGAUGACGAGUGCCGCGCUGGGGGUGCGAUGCCUGAGCGGGGCCGUCCAUUUCCACAACAGGGAAAACCGACCACAGAAAGGAGGCAUCUGCGUAGCCAACCACACGUCUCCAUUGGAUGUUCUAAUCCUGGCUAGUGAUGGAUGCUAUUCUUUGGUUGGCCAGGUACACGGAGGGCUCCUGGGACUCAUUCAGAAAUCUUGCAUGAAAACCACUCAUCACGUUUUGUUUGAACGUUCAGAAAUGAAAGACCGUCACCUGGUGAGAAAAAAAAUUAGAGAACAUAUUGCAGAUAAAACCAAAUUACCCAUUUUAAUUUUUCCAGAAGGUACCUGCAUAAAUAACACUUCAGUCAUGAUGUUUAAGAAGGGAAGCUUUGAGGUGGGAGGGACUAUCCAUCCAGUAGCAAUCAAGUAUGACCCUCGCUUUGGAGAUCCCUUCUGGAACAGCAUGAAAUACUCCACGAUGACUUAUGUUUUCAAACUGCUCACCAGUUGGGCUAUUGUCUGCAAUGUGUGGUACCUGCCACCAAUGGUCAAGGAGGAAGAAGAAGAUGCUGUUCACUUUGCUAACAGAGUCAAGGCUGUCAUCGCUGCUCAGGGAGGGAUGUCUGUACUUCCUUGGGAUGGAGGACUGAAAAGGAAAAAGGUCAAAGAGUCUUUCAAGGAGGAGCAACAGAAAAAAUACUGCCAGAUAGUAGUAGAAAAUGGAGCAGUGGGAAAUGUCUGUUGAAUGGUGUUUAUUUUACAUCUUUCUUU